AUGACUCUGGUAUUGAAAAAGCUAGUCCUGUAUUGUUGGAAUUGGGUUGUCCCCCCACAAAAACGGCGUAAGAAAUCGGAUAAGGAUGAGCUUGAUCCUGAACGUUCUCACUUACAAAUAGUAAUUAGAGCUGCAAGAGUUGGAUAUCGUCGCCUAGUAACGGCUAAGCAAUCAAAAUCAACCAUCAUUAACUUGUUGUUUCGCAGUAUGUCAGUUCCUAAAUACUUGGGAACAAGUUUGAAUAGCCAACAGGUCAAAUUUGAGAUGCUCUCACAAUUGGAACACAAUCAUUUGAACCAUGGUCGAAGUCAUCCCAAGACAUCACAAUGGGCAUCAGAACAUGCGCAUACUGAAGUUGCACGAGGGAGAAAUAGAUAUUCCAAUGUGUUUCCCUAUGAUAGAACCAGAGUAUCCUUGCCAAUCCUGGAUGGUCACUCUGACUACAUCAACGCGUCAUAUGUCAGCAUUCGACUCCCCGAGUCUGAGAAGGUUGAGACAAGAUAUAUUGCUACUCAAGGGCCUUUAAAUAACACUGUUCAUCAUUUUUGGGCUAUGUGCUAUAAUGAGAGCGAAAAGCAAGGAAAUGAUGUGGUGAUUAUAGCUAUGUUGACACCAACUGUGGAGAGUAAUAUGAUCAAGUGUUCAUGUUAUUGGCCCGAAAUUGAUGGAUCAGAGUAUGACUUUUCAGAGUCAUUGAAGGCAGAUGGAUCCGUUCUUCAACUGUUGUCUUUAAAGCGUAUUCGUACGGAAUAUAAUCACACGGGCCAAUUUCAUUGUACAGUAUUAGAACUACGGCAAGGUACCAAACUCAAGACUGUGUACCAUAUAUACUAUGAAGGAUGGGCAGAUACGAGGGUGCCUCCUUCUCUGGCGCCUUUGCUUGAGAUUUCCAAAGUUAUUUCCCAAUUACAGGCUACGAAUACUCGUGGAACUGAUCCAAUUCCUAUUGUACAUUGUUCUGCUGGAGUUGGUCGUACUGGUACAUUUAUUGUGCUUGAUACUCUAUUGAAUUUACAGAACUUUCAUCAAAUAGGUUUGAAACAGGAUGGAGAACAUCAUUAUGAUCCUAUAUUCGAUUUGGUUGAUCAGCUUCGUAAUAAUAGAAUGAUGAUGGUACAAACGGUUCAUCAAUAUAGAUUUCUUUACCAGGCAACCCGUGACUACUAUAAGGCUACAUAUUUUGAUGGUGUCCGGGAAUGA